CUUUUUAUCUCGAGCCCACCAUGCGCGUCGCAAGGCAUUUCAUUGACACUGUCAUCCUAUUGGAGAUAUGGGAUUGUCCAGGAAACGUCACCGUCGACACACCCGGUCUAUCUCUCGCCGAUGUCUCAACUAUAGUCUUUGUCAUACACAUUCGAGGUCUCUACCAACAUCCCAUCUCAAAGCUCGUAGAGUUCAGUCGAUGUGUACCAAAUCAACCCAUACAUAAAUUUUAAAAUAUUUGCACACAAAGCCGAAAGGCUUCAAGAGGACAACAACAUCGGACACUUCCGCCAGGUACAUGAAUGCGUCAUGGACCGCCUCAGAUGAAUCUCCCGAAUUUGAGCAAUUCCUUCUCCCUCUCACCUCCAUAUAUGACCACUCUGUUCGAGAGGCGUUCUCGCGUGCUUUAUAAACUGAUCGAUCCCCUACCAUAUCUCGAAGAACUGUUAAAUAUAUUUUGCUCUAACACAGCAUCUCCCAAAGCUUUCCUAUUCGAUACAUCCAGUAAAAUCCACGUUGCGACAGAUGCCUGUCGAUUGUCCCCAACGCUAGCACCAGCGCCGCCACCCAUAGCCACGACAUCAACUCCCACCUCUGGCACCACUCCCGCCGGAAAAUCGCCACUCACCUCAUCGACAUCCCUCAUACCAGGAACUACGUUCACGUAACAUCUCGUCAUGCCGCACCUUGCAUUUCUGGCACUCCUUCCAACGACGGUGUAUGAUAUGCGCAGGGGUUUAGUCGAGUGGAAUGUUGUAUGGCUUAGGG